AUGUCUGCCUGGAUUGAGCGCGAUGGUUUGCCAAAGGAACGAGACGCAUGGAACAGUGUGCUAGACCUGCUACGGAACGACCCGGCCUGCCUUCGCGAGGUCCGUCCCUAUACGUGGCGAGGACAUGCAUGGCCAGCGCAUAAAUACACGGAUCACGCAUUGGAUGCGUAUGAACUGAGCCGGGCAUUGAGCUUGAUGCGCGAGCGCCGAUUGGGCAUCAAAGCCAUGAGCAUCCACCAGGUGCACUGGCUGUAUGAAUACGUCUGUACAUGGCGUGCGCAGCUUCCGCAACGGACUAUGCGACCACUAAUGCUGAGCUAUCAGAGAGACAGCGUUUGUACGAUGGAGGAUGCUUGUCAUAUGGCGCAGCAAAGUAUGCGCGUGGCGUAUGAAUGGAUUGUGUACUCGGCACUCGCGGCUGCACCAUCCGAGUCGAUGUACAUGCUGCAGCGCAUGUGGGAGCAGCUGGGAGAAUGCCUUGCGUAUAUGCCACAGCCAGCGCGCGUUGCGAAUGUGCUUGUGAGUCUUACGCAUGCAACGGAGUACGUGCGAGGUGAUUUGGCUUGCUUCCUGGAGCAGACUGCUGUGAUGUCUUCACCAUGCCGAGUCUUGGCUGAUAUACGCAUUGCAUGGCUCGUACGGUUCGUAUGUAUACCGCGAUUCCUCAGUAUUCUGUCUGAAAGAGUUGACAGUGGCACGUGCUCAGACACAGAUGCCAAGUUUUUCUGUACGUUUGCUCUCAGGUUUGUCGACGAAGUGACAGACCCAAACGUGAGGGGGGCGGACGCGGUGGUUCGUGCUGCGAGUAGCAGUGGCGAAAACGACGACGAUGCCAAUCUUGAUCGCGUGCCCUUUACAUACGACUUGGCUCUGCGUGUGAUUGAGCCCACAAACGAUGGCGCUGGAACUGUAGAAGCUGCGCCAGCAGCUCUCGCUGCGUUCCGGCAGACCUUUGAAAACUUGGAGCCACUCUUUAUAGUGCUGCGCCGCGCAGCACUGCAGAUGUCGAAGCACACCUACGGUGCUGAGCUUUACCGAACCCUAUCUAUGCACAUGACAGAGGUAUGA